AUGGAAGGAGGUUGUUUCUGUGACGCAGUGCGUGUGAAGAGCACUGGAGAGAUUCAAGCAAAGGCGCUCUGCCACUGCGGAGACUGCCGUAAGAUCACUGGCUCGACCUACUCCACAAAUUUCAUUGUCCCAGGCGAUGGCUUCUCCGUGACCAAGGGUAAACCAAAGACCAUUACCAAGAAGGCCGAUAGCGGCAAGUCCAUCACCUCUUACUUCUGCGGCGAUUGUGGCUCUACCCUUUGGCGUGACGGUGAGACAUUCGGCGACGCGAAGAUUGUCAAGGCUGGUAUUUUGGACGACGCGAAGGUAUUGGGAGAGGCAAAGCCAGUGUUGGAGCUCUAUGCUGCUGAUAGAAUUCCAUGGGUUUCAGCCAUCGAAGGAGCCGAGCAGAAGACCUCCAUGACCUGA